CCGCAAAAAAAAAUUCCAGUCGACACGCGACAAGCAUUUUCAUUACCAACAGUUCUCAAGGUCAUGACCAAUCUCUGCUAAUUCGACUAUUGCCCCCGUGAAUUGUUGUCAGAGGGAGCCUUCUCAUUGGCCCGUCCCUCCCCAGCUUUAUCUUGCGCCGCCCCCGUAUUUUCCCUGGGGCAAACCCAGUGACAGAUACCGAGACCCGGGCUGGCCUGCGCUUCGACCAGCCUUCUUUCCCAACUUUUUCCAGUGGAAGCUGCUCUUGGUGGAGGAAAGAUUGGUGGCUUGGAGAGACGCCUAGCAGUAAAAAGAGGGGGUCGAUCAAUUCGCACCCGCCGUGUGGCCCAGCUAUAUAGAAACGCUGCCUAGUCCCCCAACCCCAUCUCUCCCUCCUUUGUCUCCCUUCAACUUGCAGGCAGAAAAUGGGCGCGCGUUCUACUGUCUUGCCCCGUGAAUCGACCUCUAUUACCUGCGGCUGAAGGACCUGUCACCAAGUUAUGGACGUGGAAUCACACUCGCCCCUUAAGGUGCCGCUCGAAAAUGAUCAGGAUGUGCAAGAUGCUACCGACCUGGCAGGCAUGGGCCAUGCCCAGGCGUUGACCCGAAAAUUCAGUAUCUGGAGCAUGCUUGCAUUGGCCUUUUGUGUUCUAGGAACCUACUCUACUUUUGCCCAAGAUCUCAGUAGUGGUCUUACCAAUGGCGGUCCCAUUACUAUUCUCUGGGGCCUGGUGCUGGUCACCGGCUGUAAUUUAUGUGUGGCGCUCUCCCUGGGUGAAUUGACCAGCAGCAUGCCCACGGCUCUCGGCCAGGCAUACUGGGUAUACCGGCUUUGGACCACGCCGCUUGGCCGUUUCGUUUCGUAUAUGUGUGCAUGGAUUAACACCUUUGGAUGGUGGACCCUCACCGCGUCGCAGGUCGCCUUCAUGACGGAGUUCAUGCUGGGCAUGAAAACCAUGUUCAACCCCGACUGGACCGGCGGCAGCCAGGGAUGGCUCAACUUUGUGGUCUUCAUUGGUGUCGUCUUCCUGCUGACUGUGAUCAAUGUCGUCAGCUGUCGUCGCGAGCAAAUCCUCCCGUGGAUCAACAACUUCGUCGGUGUUUGGUUCGCCGGCCUGUUCGUGGUCAUGUCCCUAGUGAUGCUGAUCUGCGUCGGCGUCAAGAGCGACCUAUCCUUCCAAUCAGGCAAAUUCGUGUUCGGUACAUGGAUUAACCAGACCGGCUGGUCCGACGGUGUCACCUGGUUCACCGGUCUUGUCCAGGCUGCCUACGGUUUGACCGCAUUCGACUCGGUUAUCCACAUGGUCGAGGAAAUCCCCAACCCACGCCGCAACGCGCCCCGCGUUAUCUGGAUGGCAGUUCUCUUCGGCGCUAUCACCGGUUUCAUCUUCAUGGUGGUCUGUCUCUUCUGCAUCCAGAAUGUCGACAACGUCACCAACGCCGACCUGCCCUUCAUGGAACUGAUGCUCGAGACCGUCGGCCUGAAGGGCGGCACUGUCCUCCUCGCCUUUUUCAUCUUCAACGGCGUGGGCCAGAGUAUCGGUAUCCUCACCACCGCCUCUCGUCUGACCUGGGGCUUUGCCCGUGAUGGCGGUCUCCCAUUCAGCCGCUACUUCAGCCACGUCGACCCCGUGUGGCAAGUCCCCGCCCGAGCACUCUGGGGCCAGGGCGUGAUCGUCGCCAUCGUCGGCAUCCUUUACCUCUUCGCCAACACCGUCCUCGAGGCCAUUCUAUCCGUCAGCACCAUCGCACUCACCAUCUCCUACGCCAUGCCCAUCCUGGCCCUCCUCGUCGUCGGUCGCGACAAGCUGCCCGAUGGAGGCUCCGCCGGUCUCGGUCGCUGGGGCCCGUGGCUCAACUGGAUCAGUAUCGUCUACUGCAUCAUCACUACCGUCUUCUUCUUGUUCCCCGGUGAGCCCAACCCGGCUCCCAGCGACAUGAACUACGCUAUUGCCGUGUUUGGUGUUAUGUUGGUGAUUGCCGUUGCGUUCUGGUUUAUCCAGGGAAGCCGGACGUACCUCCAAACCGAUGAUGCUGUUGCGCAGAUGUUCUAUGCGCAGCACUUGGAGAACGCCGAGUCUGCUGCUGAGCCUCGCUCGGAUGCGGAUUCGAAAUAGAGUUGCGACUUUGUUUGCACGGGGUUAAGUAGACGGUCGGUCUGGGUAGAUUGGGCGGUGUCUAUGGCUUGCGCUAGACUCGGUGGCGUGUUGCUCGUUUGUAUAUAACAGAAUGGUGGUUGAUAUUGUAUCACCAACCAGCAUCGUUUAUUUGAAUAUAAGAAGUAUAUCAGGACUCAGAAUUUCAAGAUAUACCUCCUCGACCACA